AUGGCGGCCAUGUCAGAACUCUCCGUAUUCAGCACGGACCGUACCGUUCUAUCCACAGCGGGCACAAAUACUGUUCAAGUCGAAAAACUGCCUCCUGAGACCACUCAACAUUUCGACCGUGACCCAGAAACUAACAAGCUGCUCUGGUUUGCUUCGGCCCCCAUGAAUGUAACGUCAGCUCCGACUCCAAAGUAUAGUCUGGCAUAUCUGCAUUUCCUGUCAAUGAAGCGAAGAAAGGACUCAGCGUGA